CAACUAACGAUUUUGAAUCAAUGUCGGAGCUUACAGAGGACUUGCUUCUCGAUGUGCUGUCAAGGUUACCCGUAAUCAGUCUUCUGCGAUUCAGAUGCGUCUCAAAAUCAUGGAAGACUACAAUUGAUAGCUCGUACUUCAUCAAAUUGCAUCUGAAUAAAUCAAUAAAGGACGUCAAUUCUCACAAGAUUUUGGCUAUCGGUAGAGAUCCUAGUGCUGUGAAUGAUGUCAUAUUCUGUAUCGUAAAAUUUGAUUCUGGAUUUGAAUUUGAAGGCGUUCAAAGGAUCCAGUCUCCUAUAGAGAAAUUUAAAGAGACGGUGAGAUUUAUAGGCAGUUGUAGAUUUUUGAUUUGUUUGAAAUAUACGUAUAGAAAAAUUAUUUUGUGGAAUCCUUCAGUACGUGAGCACAAGAUAUUGCCAUACACUGAUGUUGAGAUUGAGGCCUCGCGUGGCAGGAAAUACACACAAUAUAGAUAUAGUUUUGGAUUCGGAUAUGACGACCUUAUGGAUGAUCACAAGGUUGUGAGAUUAGUAUAUGAUUAUCGAAAUUGUGACUAUGAAAUUAAAGUUUAUAGCCUGAAAUUGAAUAUUUGGAAAAAGAUUGAAAAGUUUCCGAUCCUUAUAUCUUGGGUGAGUAGGCCUAGUUUUAUCAAUGGUUCAAUGAACUGGCUUGUCUCCCAGACGAAACCAACUACUACUACCUUCAGUACCUUGUCACUUCUGGUCCUCUGUCUAAGAACCGAGGUGUGGCAAUUAGUGCCAUUGCCUGAAUUGUUCGGUAAGUAUAGAAUGCCUAAUUGGGAAUAUUGUCACUUCUGUUCGGAUUUGACUCAUUGGAUGGUCGGCCAUUGUUACUCCCCAGGUCAUGGAUUAUGGAAGAUAUUGGAACAUUUGAAGACUGAACUUUCGACUAAGUUAAGGUCGCUACAUUCUGAUACUGUUUUCAGUGAAAUAUAUCGGCACCGUAACUGGAUACCUUUGCAGGACAAAUUACUUUCUGAAUCAAUAGAAAUAUGUCGUUGGGGGACGUUUUGCUGGGUUGACAACCUUUUUCGACUCACGAGUAGCUAGUCAUUCAGUCGGAGUUCGAUGUAAUUUUUCAAGCAAGUUUUUUAUUUGGUCGAUAACUUUUUCUUUGGUUGCAUUAUGUUUCAUCCCUUGGCUUAUUUU